AUGGAGGCAGCGGCUGAUGGGGCCGCUGCCACGGCGGAGGCUGCAGCGCCGGAGGCAGCAGAGAUGGCGGCUCCGGAGGUAGCGGAAGAGGCGGAGGAGGCGGCACCAGGGGUCGCCGAAGUUGGCAGCAGCGUCUCCCCACCGGCAGGGGAGGAGGAACCGGAGGUGGUGCUAGGGAGACGCCUCCUCCCAAGCACCGCGGAGGUCCCUCUCCCCCGGCUCAUAGCCAAAUGCCACCAAGCUCAGCAGGAGCUAGAGGCUGGUAUGCGCCGAGAGUGGGAGAAGCUGGAGGCAGAACGCCACCGACUCUCCGACUGGGAGGUUCGCCUGGGUGACCGCAUCAACUCCGUCUCCGCCCGCUACGCCGAGGAGCGCGCCAAGCUCGUGCAUGGGCGCGAGCUUCUGCAGGAGGAGCUGGAGCAAGCCCGCGUCCGAGAGGCGGCGGCGCUCCAGCGGGAGAAGGCGGCCAGGCGGCGGGAAACGGAAGCCCUUGAGGGGCUGAUCGCCGUGGAGGAGAUGAAGCAGGCGGUGGCAGACAGGGAGCGGACCGCCCGGGAGCUGGCAGCACAGGCCAGGAAGGCGUCUGCGGCGGUCGAGGCAGAAAAGGCCGCCCUUGCGGAUCUAGCGGCGGCGGUAGCAAAGAGAGAAGAGGGGCUUGCCGCCCGAGAAGCAGGGGAGGCGACCCGGCUCCAAGAGCUCCAGAGGCGAGAAGAGGCCGUGGAGGAGGAGCUGGCCGCCGGGACCCGAAGGCUCUAG